GGGAGAUAUCAGUCCAGUACACUGAAGCCCCGGUGUGCUGGCGGAGAGACAGAGUGGGGAGAAAGGGGGAGGAGGGACAUUCGCUGGUCUCCCAGCCAAGGACAGGAGCGGAACGCGUUACACACAUACAUUCAUUUAUUUUAAUCAUUUGGUUCGGCGGCGGGGGGCAGUGUUUAAACCGGCGAGGCGGUGGCUUGACAAUGUGCGGGCAAGUCGGUCCUUUUAGAUGGAUGAGCCGCUUUAACGAGGCGCUGGAUGUGGAUAACCCUGCAAGUGUGUUGGAGCCAUAGUCGCCGUGCCUUCAGAAGUGUGGAAUAUACGGAAAUUACACAACAUCUAGAAAAAAGGGGUUGUAUUUUUCAUUUUUUUUAAUUUGUCACCCCGAAGAUCCAUCAGUCAGACUCUAUCCUGCAGGAUCAUGCUGUACUUCCAGAUGGUAAUUAUGGCUGGGACCGUCAUGUUGGCUUAUUACUUCGAAUACACUGAUACUUUCAACGUGCACGUCCAGGGAUUUUUCUGCCAUGACGGCACUUACACUAAGCCCUACCCGGGACCCGACGAGACCAGUGCCAUCCCGCCAGUUCUCCUCUAUUCUCUGGUCGCCGGGGUUCCCCCCGUGAUGAUAAUCGUGGGAGAAGUGGCUGUGUUUUUUCUUCAAUCAGCUUCUAAGGAGUUUGGAGAUCGGGAGAAGGCAAUAAUAACUGGAGACUGUUGUUACAUCAACCCCUUGGUUCGCAGAACUGUUAGGUUCCUUGGGGUUUAUGCAUUUGGACUUUUUGUUACUGAUAUUUUCGUAAAUGCUGGACAAGUGGUGACGGGAAACCUAGCGCCGCACUUUCUCACGGUCUGUAAACCCAACUACACAGCGCUGGGCUGUCAUCAUGAAUCGGCGCAGUUCAUCAGCAGCGAAGAAGCCUGCACGGGCAACGGAGAUGACAUAACAAAAGCCAGGAAGACAUUCCCGUCCAAAGAGGCAGCUUUAAGUGUGUAUGCAGCAGUAUACCUGGCAAUGUAUAUCACGUGCACUGUGAAGACGACUGGAACAAGACUUGCAAAACCUCUCCUCUGUUUGGGUCUCAUGUGUUUGGCAUUUCUGACUGGAAUAAACAGAGUGGCGGAAUACCGAAAUCACUGGUCGGAUGUUGUGGCAGGCUUCAUUAUAGGAGCAGCAGUAGGAGUGUUUUUGGUUGCAUGCGUGGUGCAUAACUUUAAAGGAAGACACACUGUAAAUGAAAACCUGCAGAACAGCAGUAUGACCGACAUGUCCUUGAUCACCUUACAACGUAUGGAAAGUCCACUCGGAAAACUAAGUGCGGCGCAGAAUCACGUCUUUGCGGAAGUCACAUGAUCGUCAACCUGAAGUUUGUCCUAUUCUUUGGGCACCUUCAUUAUUUACUGUUCAAUGAUCACACUUGGGAUGAAAUGCAAGAUGCAGUCUCACUUAAUAAGACACAUACACUGAACUGUUUAUUCCUUCACGAGAUUCAAGUGAUAUUGGUGGUACACGGAGCAUUUAUAAUAAUUCAAGCACAUUGCACCAUUUUGAGGGGCAGAAAGUAUAUAUACAGUAUGGCAUUUUCUGCAUUUGUUUAUCCCCUGCACAGACUAAUGUCCUGACUGUUUUUGGUUAUUGCUAAAUCAUGCAACACAUAACCUAUUCUAAACUUUAAGGUGCAAUUAAUGCUUUUUUUAAAACAAAAAUCUUUGCAGGAAUCUUUUUGAAAGAACUGCCUAUUUUGUAUUCAUUGUGCUGAAAAAAAAAAGAAUAUUUGUCAAGCAAUACUGCAUGAAAAGCAUUGUGAUUUAGAAAUUUCUCAUUACUUUUGUCCUGAUGUCCAGCAGUAAUUUUUCUUGCUGUUACUACAGUAAAUGUACAAAAGUAACCUAAAGCUGGACAAUAUAAUAAGGCUUUAAUUCUGCAACUGUGAUUGGGUUUUAUGUAAAUACAGGAUUUAGUGUGCAAGAUACUGCCUUAUUUAACUUUCCAUUUUGAUAGAAAAUGUCAGCCUCUCCCUGCCUCCAACAUUAAAACCUAAAUAAGACUGUAAUUAUAAAUCAGAUUUUAUAGUAAGAUUUUAUAAAUAAUGUAAUGUACAAACGUUAUGUUAUCUGUAACAAUUACAAAAGUAACUUUUGUGGUUUAAAUUAAAUUUUGAUUUUAAGACAUUUUGUUGAAAAAUAUUCAACUCCAUCGACUG